CGGCCGUCCGUCCCCAGAGAGGUCGAGAGGCGCCACACCGGUGCUGGCCGCUGCGGCGAUCGGGGAGCAGUCGAAUGUAUGUCGGGCAGUCGUUCACCGGCCGGAGGGACCUUACAGCGCGCACCCAGCAACCAGCAUUCGACAAUGCAGCACGUGCGCAUCCAGGGCAGUCAGGUGGAGCUGGUGCGUCCGACGGGCCCGUCGGUGUUGCUCCCGACCGGUGGCCUGCCUCACCUGCUACCCCUGCACGCAGUACGCGCCGCCGGCCGGCCCUCCUGGGAUCCACCUGCGUUGCCCGUGGGGACCCCGCGACCCGCCGCCGGCUGCAGCGGCUCCCCGUGCACCAUCUGCGGCGGCGGAGGCGCCGCCAUCAACAUGUACAGUGAGUGGAGCGCCGCGCCCCGCCUGCCGCUGCCCGAGAAGGUGUGGCGCUGGUGCGUGUUCCUUGGCUCGCCGUUCUGGGCGGCCGGCGGCGGGAGGCUGUGUCCCCUCUGCCACGCGCUGGUCCAUUGUGUGGAGAGUCUGCAGGUGGAGGCGCGGGUCCUGGAGAGGGUGGCCGCAGAUGCCGCGGAGGCGGCGGCGACCUCGCAGGAGGACGCGUUGGCUCGCAGGUUCCGGUCGGCGAUGGUGGCGUCCGGUGUGGGUGCCACCCGAGCCCUGCUGCGGAGCGUGGAGGGACUGCUGGCGAGACAGGAGGCGACGAGACGACCGUCACCGAGCAGUCACGAGCCGCCGCCGCCGCCACCACCGCCACAGCCGCCUCCGCCAGCACUCCAGCCACCCGGGGCGCUGCCACAGCCUUCACAAACGCCGCAGCAGCCUCAGCAGCCGCGACCGCCUGAGCCGCCUCAGCCGCAGUCGCACUCAGCUCCGCAUCAGCAGCACAGCCAACAAGACGCGUCACGGUCGAUGCAACAGCUUCUGCAACAACAGCAACAACAGAUGCUUCAAACGGGAUUGUCUGCGCCUGAUGACACUUCAUGUGAUGGACGAAAGGGGCAGGAGCGGCGACGGAGGGUCAGCGAAUCACGGCCGUACCUUCAGCCUCAGCUCACACCCCUGCGGUGGGGCUCCAAGCGGAAACAGCACGCGCCGUGUCGUCUGUCGGAGACAGCCUCUGACCCGUCACUGCAGUCCGAAACUCUCCUGCCGAGUCCCACCGACACCACUCCUGGGGCUUCCACCAGCGAGGUAGAAACUCCGCUAGCCUUUGGGGGAGACGAGGCUGAACCUCUGCUUGUUGUGGACACACGGGAGUCUGUCCACCCGACGAGUGUCUCGGAUCAGCUUCAGGUUGACGUCGAAGCUGAGGACCUGCACCGAAUGAGCACGGUAAGCUGUCCAAUGGACGACGAGGAUUCCACCGUCACUGAACGUGACCACACGGCGUUGGAAACCGCGAGCACGCUGCCUGUUGACCUAUCCGUUCGACAGGAUAGCUCAACUCUUCACAUCUUGGAGUGUUUUUCUGAGGCUGCCGGAAACUCAUGCCAAGGUGGGUGGUACAGCGAUAUCACAAAUGGGGAACAACUUUACAUCGUCAAGGACAGAGCUGCUACGCACUUGGUUGAUUCUGUUCCGAUGAGGUCUGGCGAAACCGUUGAAGUGAGAGAGCCAAGGAAGGGGGAUUUCACUUCUUCUGACAUCAACUCUGGAACGGAUCCGACUAGCACUCCGACGAACGAGCAGGCACAAGAUUCUGAGCUAGCUCAUGGAGUAACAUGCAAACAAGAAGUUAUUACUUAUGCCUCUUCUACUGACUUUGGAGACUGCUGUGACGAGCAGUCCAGUACAACAAAAGUGAUGACGUCAUCAUCGAGUUUCUCCAUGAGCAACAGCACCGUCAGCUAUUCAGCAUGUCCAGAGAGGGAUCUUCCUGAGCCGAAGGAGAAGCGAGCCGUCGGGUUUUCCACCAACGUGCGCCAAGCCCAGAACUACGGCACCUCCAGCAAGAAGCGUCACCGGAAGUCGCUCAAGCUGAAGAUCGUCCGAGAGAACAACGUGUGGCAACAGUGCAGCACGGUUCCGGAAGACAGUGGAAGGGGUGCCUCGGCCCGGGCCAGUCCUGUGCGACCUGGAGGAGACGGGGGUGCUGCCUGCAAACGGCAGCUGAGAAAACUUCAACGGCAGCAGCAGCAACAGAAGCAAACCGACAGACCGAAGAGCUCGAGGGAGAAGAUAAGUGAGCUCCCUCCCGACACAGCCUCCGCAACGAUCAAACAAGAGAAGGGCGCUCAGCAUGCACCAUUGUCAACCAGUUGGAACGCCUCCACUUCGGAGUUGUUACUGAAUGCUCCAAAAACUACAGUUUUGCCCGGAUUCCAGCCGGUGCCUGUGCUGUCAAACGUGUUAUCUGGCGAUGACUCCAACGCCACCAGGUCAUCGGGAAAGAACGAGUCUACGACACAAGAAGGAGAUUUUCACGACGGGAUCACAAUGAGCAUGAGCGAAGGAGCGUAUCAGAGUAUGGAGUUCUCCGUUCGCCGCUCCUUUCGCGCUCCGCCAGCGACGGUGACGGCGCACAUCCUGAUGUCGCCGGAUGUUGACGGUCUCCUGCAUAUGACGAAGGCGGAGAAGAAGCUCCCCGCUACUGAAACGUCCGCUGGAUGUGACCCAGACCCAGUCAGGAGGGUGCCGGGGAGGACGGAGGGGGUGUGGGUGUCUCCGGGAGUCAUUACGACUCUGGACCCGUCGGCGGCUAAUGGACAGCGGCAAGGGCCGACGUCAGGAAAUGACACAGAUGCAGACCGGUCAGCCGCCUCUUCCCCCGACCAGCCGGCGCCGGCGAGCAGACACAUGCCGGAAUUCAGUUGGAGCUCAUGCCUCAGUGACGGAGACACCAUGCAGUUCUCCGGAUCUCCCACCGAUUUGGCUGCUAUAGAUCAGUCUUACUUGACCAACGACGAAGACGUGGACCUAAACAACAACGUCGUCACCGAGGCCAGCUCAGACCGCUCAAAAUCGAUGACCGGAACUGCAGCCGGUUCCGCAGCCGGAAGCGGGCCGGAAGUCGAGCAGGCGACCGGAACUGUCGAUCCGCUGGCUGUGUGGAACCCGUCUGGUGCCGACGACGAAAUGGACAUGACGGGGAUCACCGAAGGCAUGGUCACCGCAACAUCCCCGCUGGUCGUCGACGAGGAGAUCGGCCGCGUUUUCCUCACCGCCAACCGGGCGCUGUACGGCUGCGACGACCACGACGCGGCCGAGUCGAGCGCGGCGCACCCGGCCGCCAGCGACGAAGACGCCGACGAGGAGGACGGCCGGCUGUUCAUCGCUCUCGACGCCGUGCCCCCGGAGGACGGACCGAUCGGGACGCCGGAGGACGAGCGACAGUCGCCGGAGGACGACAGGCCGGCGGAGGCCGAGCUGGAGGUGGGCCAGGAGCCGGGCGAAGUAGAGCCCGGGGUCGAAAGUGGGUCCAAGAACGUCACCCGGAGACGAGUUCGUGAGCAGGAUAAACCCCUGGAGUGUCCCAAGUGCGGGCGAAGAUUUAUCCUGAGUAAAAUGUUGGACAACCACAAGUGCGGAGUCAUGUAUACGUGUACCGAGUGUAGUAAGACGUUCAAGAAACGCUGCCAGCUGCAGGCACACUCAUUCAUCCACAAGCAGGCCAAGGACUUUGUGUGCAGUAUCUGCCAGCGCGCCUUCAAGGAGAAGAGUAACUUCAACCGGCAUGUGCGCACCCACUCGAGCCUGCGGCCGUACAAAUGUCCGCACUGCGUCAAGUGCUUCAAGGUGGCCGCCACUCUGUACGUGCACCGGCUGACACACGACGCUCGCGGCCGCUUCGUCUGCGACUUCUGCCAGAAGGACUUCAAGCGUCCGGAGCACCUGCGUCAGCACCGGCGCAUCCACACGGGAGAGAAGCCGUACCGCUGCUCGGUCUGUCAGCAGUGCUUCACCACCGACAACACGCUGCGCACGCACAUGCGUCGACAUACUGGCGAGCGGCCGUACCCCUGCCCCAUCUGCCAGAAACGCUUCACCCAGUCGAGCGCCAUGAAGACGCACUGGAAACGCCACAGCGAGUCGCGCGAGUUUGCUUGCUCCAUGUGCGAUCUCAAGUUCAAGCAGAAAUAUGACCUGAACCGGCACAUGGUGUCCCACAACACGGAGCGGCCCCACCAGUGCAGCGUGUGUCACCUGCGCUUCAAGACGCGCCCCAGUCUGCAGAAACAUCUCGAGACACAUUCAGAGGAGCGCCACUUCUCGUGCGGCACGUGUGGCAAGGCGUUCCGGCGCGUCUCCUACCUGCGCCUGCACGAGGCCACGCACGGCGCCAGCGCGCGCUUCGCCUGCACGCUGUGCUCCAAGUCGUUCACGCGGCGUUAUAACCUGCGUCUGCACCAAGAGGAGCACGAGGAGGGCGGUCGGCGCCGGCACUUCUGCUCCCGGUGCCGGCGCUGCUUCCGGCGCGCGGCCGGACUGCGACAACACAUGGCGGUGACGCACGGCGGGCCGGCGCUGAACGCGGAACAGGGAGGAUCGCGGGAGACCCCCGACCGAGAGCCGCAGAGCCAGAGUGACGCGCGCUGGGAGCCCCCUGGCAGCGAGGCUGCUACUGAUGGUGCUGACCCCAGUUCAGGUGUCACGACGGCCCCAGGAAUGGUGAUAAGUCCUGCGAAUGCGGCCACAGAGGUGUUUUGGAUGGGUGCCGUAUCUGGUGAGCCUGUCCUCCAUAUUCAGAUUCCUGGAGAGCCUCGUGAACAGGAGUGUGACCGAGUGACGGUGCGUGCUGUGAACUCGCCAGACCGUCUGUCGGGCAACCAGAGAGCAGAGUCGUCAGAGGAAGAGCUAAUUGUCGAUUAGCUGCAAACAAUAUUUGGUCUCCAUAUCGAGGCUUUACGAUUUCAUAGAAUAGUUAUCAUAAAAAUCCUGACUGCAAAACUUGCAAACAACCGCCGUGCAUCGUGGUUCUAUGCACUGUCCUGUGGCUCUUUGAGCAUAUGCCUGUUGAAGUUAACUCAGGGUGAUGGCCUUAUAAUUAGGAUAAGUGUUGUUCAUGUCUGUGUCAAUCUAUAGUCGAUUUCCGUACCGUACCUACCCUUUUCUGAGAAGAAAGCGUGAUUGAUUGAUCCGUAAAUUGUACUAUAACGACGGUGAUUGACGAGACGAGGCCUGGUUAUUUUUGUUCUGCAUUAAGCUAUUGUUUUUAGUUCACGUUCAUGUGCUUUACCUAGCUCUAAGUGUUAGCGUAAAACGAUUGAUCACUUCCUCUCUGUGAUUACACUGCAGUGCUGUGCUAGCAUUUAGGUCCGUCUAUUUAUUUGCAGCACCAUUGUCUCGAUUGGUUUGACACCUAUACGUUGUGUGCCGUGCAGUAUUAUUAUCGACAUAAAUAUUCAUGUUGCGCUGUU